AUGAUUGGGAAAGUUUUUUGUGCUCUUACCUUCAGGUUAGCCAAUCGGGGUCGCAUUGAGGACCUGGUGGCAGAGACGGGUGACCAUCUCCAUUACAUCGACGACAUCUUCGCACUGGGCAUUCCAGAUCUUACCAACGUUCUUAUCCUCGUCCUCCUUCAACGCCUCCUCUUACCCGUCUACGUCUCUUCUCUCACCAAACGCCCUCCGUCUUCGUGCUUUAAAAGCCAAAAAAGGGGCAGCUCCAAGGCAAGCUGCAUAGUUAUCACCGUACUAAGCACAAGGUCACUUCUGUUUGUCUUUUUUCCCUGCUUCUUUGAACCACUCGAUUUGGUGUAA